AUGGAAAUUGCGACAUUAAGCCAAAUCGAUACUCUAGGCCUGAAAAAUGUUACAUUAUACAUAGAACCUAGUAUAGUGCAACAAGGAGGCAGCUCAACGCUACGCUGUACGUUCGAUUUAGAAAAAGACAAAUUGUAUUCUGUAAAAUGGUACCGGGGAAGUUAUGAGUUUUACAGAUACGAUAUGACGGAGCCUCCAGAGACCAAAAGUUUUCCUAUCCAGGGAUUUACCUUUGACCUGGCCAACUCAAACUCGACGCAAGUGGUUCUGAAGGAUAUUGAAUUCAAUCUGGCUGGAAACUUUAGUUGCGAAGUUACCACUGAUGGUCCCGGUCCCAAUAUUCACACCCGAAUUGAUUCGAAAUCAAUGUCAGUUGUGCAAUUACCUGAUCACAUGCCUCAAAUAAGUGUCGAAGGAGAACCAUUGGACAUAGGUGAUAUUUUACGUGCCAAUUGCACCUCAUUUCCUUCCAGGCCGCCAGCGGAUCUUAAAUUCAUUUUGAAUAAUAUUACGGUAAAUCAGACCGAGCCGGGAAUUUCGCGACGGGCGAAUUUGCGUGAUUGGAGCGACCUGCAAUUAGAGCUGAAAUUGUCUUUUAUGCAUUUUAAUGAGGGCAGAUUAGUUCUCCAGUGUGUCGCGCAAAUUCCGACGAUCUAUCAGGAAGUCGCGGAGUUGGACUUGAAAAGUGUCAGGCAUCCGAUUCCUGCUAGAGCUCAGUUUUGUUGGUAA